AUGGUCCCUCUAGAGAGGGCCGAGUUUGGAGAGAUAGAUGCCUCAGAGAACUCAAUUGAUGGGAUGGGUGCCAUCAAUUUUGCGGAUGAAGAGGACUGUGGGUUUUUUGGCCCGUCAUCCAAUAUUGCGUUCAUGCGUCAUAUUUCUCGCGCUAUUGCAAGAGGAAAUCAACAAGGUGGCCGUGUUCCAUCAAUAUACUCCCCGAUUCAAUCGGGUGGCGGAAUGUUGAAUGUGUCAAAGUCUCGUCCUUCCCUAGAGGACUCUCAAGGUAGAAUGCAUAUGUCUCCUGGGAUUAAUAUUUUUGCUUUGCCUUCUGAAGACCGCACCUGGAGUUUGAUUCAAAUUUAUUUCGAGAAAACUGGCCAGCUCCUACCAUUCAUCCACGAGGCAUCAUUUUCUAUCGCCGCAAGCCUCCACACCGAGGGUGACUUACCUACCGACAAAAGAAUCCAAGAGUCCGAUGUCUACUUCCAAAGGGCGAACGGGCUUUGUGAUAAGGAUUCCAAACGGAAUGCAAGUCUAGAGAUGGUGCAGUAUCUGUUGGUCCAGGGUCAAUAUCUCCAAGGAACUCAGAAAUCCGUGCAAGCGUGGACUACACAUGGUCUGGCUAUUUCAGUGGCUUUUCAACUUGGUUUACACUCCCCCGAGGCCAACCAACGCUUUUCGCCCCUUGAAUGUGAAAUCCGUAAGCGAACUUGGUACGGUUGUAUUCUGCUAGACAGAACGUUGAGUAUGACAUUUGGCCGACCUUGCACCAUUCCGGAAACAUAUGUGAAGCUAGAGAUGCCUAUCAAAGAUAUGCAGGUUCUGGCUAAUACACCGAAAUCUGAAGCGUAUCCUCAGUUGGAUGGCUGGUUCUUUACUGCAGCCAUAAAACUUUACGUUGUGAUGUUCAACGUCCUUGACACUUGCUAUGGUCAAAACCUGGGAUUUGAACACCCACUGACCCCAGCGAACGCGUUGCCUCAAAUUCUUGAGGGUGAGCGUCAACUCGAGGAAUGGCGUUUUUCAAUUGUCCCUUCUCUUGGGAUCCGCCUCUGGCAUGAACCGUUACUUGCCGAGGAUUUAGCGCAGUUGAACCCAGAAUCAAGAAUUCGUCAUCGAUUUGGCAUCGUACUCUCGGUUCGGUAUCAUAACCUGCGCAUCCUCCUCUAUCGCAAGUGCCUAGAGUGUUUUUUGGGUGCAUACAGUGUUGAUGAUUCGGCUUCCCAGGAAAAUAAGCUCGCCCGGCAGAUGAGUUUCACGGGUGUGCAAAACUGCAUUGAGUCUGCCAAGUCAAUUAUUUCCACCGUUCAUACUAUUACCUCAUCAGGUGGCUGGCGUCGAGGCCUCCUAGGGGCAUGGAAUUAUACACUUUACUAUACCUUCAAUGCCGGCCUUGUCAUCUUUGGGGCUCUUCUUGUCUCAUCCAAGGAACAUCAGCACAGUCCAGAACAAUGGCAAACGGUCGAAAACUGCCGACCAUAUCUUGAUCUCGCAGCGGAUGCUUUGUGCCAUCUAGACUCAGGUAAUGGGGUUAUUGAACGUUGUGUCGAAUAUUUGUCCCAGCUGUCCAUGAUUCUCAAAGCUACCACUUCGGGUGAGACGAAUCACCCUCGUAUCCCUGUCGGUCCUCAUAUGCCUUUUUCUAUCCCAGAGAUCUUUUCCACGCUCGACUCGAAUCUCCCUGAGUGGUCCAAUCUAGAUCUCGGUGAGUUUAUGAUGGACAACGAUCUGGACUUGCUCAGCCGAAUGUUUAAUUUCAAUCCUUCUCAUGGCGCAUCAAUCUAA